AUGGUCGCCUGGAAACUCUCAUCCCUGUUGCUGCUGUCCUUGGGCGCACUCAAUGCCUUUGCCGCCAUUGAUGUCGAAAAGGUCGCAGAGGAGCCAGUGACGCCUAACCUGAACGUCAAGGUCUCGGUCUCAUUCCCGCAGUCUGAGAUCUUUGGUAUCAAGCUCGUCAAUGGCCAUGCCACUGAAGCCCGUCUAUCCGUCUCCAACAACGAGCCGACGCCCAUUGGCGUCUCCCUCGUCGGCGGAUCGCUGUCGGUGGAGCAGGCCGGAGAGUCGCGCAUCAUCCGCAAUCUCACCACGCAGAAGUACUCUAUUGAGGUCCCCGCCGGCGCAGAGGAGACGAUCCCGUACUCCUUCACCACGGACCAGCACCCCCAGGAUCUGCGUCUGCUGCUCACGGCCGUGUUGAGGGACCAGAAGAACAGCUUCUACACCGUCCCCGUUUACAACGAGACCGUCACUAUCGUGGAGGGAGCUACCAGCUUCUUUGACCCCCAAAUGUAUGUAUCUAUGCGCAUGCCGUACAGCCUCAGCAUAACCCUUGCUAAUGCACACAACAGCAUCUUCCUGUACCUCGUCGUUCUCAGCGUCUUCGGCGGCAUCUCGUACUUUGUCUACAACACCUGGAUCACCACUUUCUUUCCCCAGAAGAAGGGCCGCGGCAAGGGUGGUGAGCGCGCGAAGAAGUCUUCCCUCGGCUCCAAGAAGGUCGACCCCGCCGACCAGGUCGCUGUUGUUGGCGCCGAUGGCCCCGCUGUUACCUCUGGCGCAAAGGCGUACGACGAGAGCUGGAUUCCUGCAUCCCACUUGCAGCGCCCGGAGGCCAAGCGCGUCCGCAGCGGAACCCCCAAGACUAAGCCUAAAGCUUAG